GUUUUGCAGAUAAAUCUAUGUUCAAGAAGCGCAAUGUCAGCAAUGCUCGUGCCAAUGCCGCUACAAAGAGGGUAGCGAAAGCAGAGAGUGACGAAUCAGAGGAUAACUCAGACGUUGAAAAGAAAACAGAGAAGACAAUAGAUGAAGAUGAAACCCGGAAGCGCUCGUCGUCAUCCGAAGACGAAACUGUGGUUGUUCGGAAAAAGACAAAAAACUCGUCAAAUAAUCCUAUGAUUCAGAAGUCAUCGUCUUGUAAACUCAAUUCUAAAGUAGAUGGGUGCGACAAUGGUGAAGAUAGCAAUGUGGCAGGACCAAGUGUGAGGAAGGAGCGACUGAAGCCACUGGUUGACUUCACCUUCAAGUCUUCCAGAUCGGGUGUUGUGAGUGGACCCGAAGAUCAAGGGGCAACCGCCACUGUGCAAGUCGACACUGAGAUAGACAGAGACCAUAGGGCUGUGAUGGAGCGAAAACAUGAAGCUCAAGAGACGGGCGACGCAUCUUCUAUUAUUUACACUGGGAAAGACAACUACACCAUCUUCAACAAGCCCAAAGAGAAACCAACUGGUGUCAAGGCCGCUUUAACAGGCCCAGUUAGAGCACCCGCUUUCUUACGUGCAACUACACGGUGGGACUACGCACCUGAUUUGUGUAAAGACUACAAAGAAACUGGCUUUUGCGGUUUCGGCGAUUCGUGUAAGUUUCUUCACGACAGAACCGACUAUAAGUUCGGCUGGCAACUUGAGAACGAACACACAGAACAACAAAAACGAGGCCGAACGAAGGAGUCGGAGGAUCCGAGUCAAUACGAGAUCGAUUCGUCAGACGAAGACGAUUUACCUUUCAAGUGUCUCAUCUGUCGUGAGUCAUUUGACAAGCCAGUAGUUACGAAGUGUAAGCAUUAUUUUUGCGAGAAAUGUGCUCUUGCCCAAUGCAAGAAGAGCAUGCGCUGCUUUAUAUGUGGCGUCGACACGAAGGGAAUGUUUAACCCGGCCAAAGAAAUAAUAGCGAAGAUGAACAAAUCGAAAGCAGAAGAACAAAGUCGAAGUACCCGUGACAGUGAUUGAUUGAGUUUAAGUAUAUGGAGUCUAAAUUGACGAAACUCGCGCGUUAUUCAGCCGUGAUUUUGAAUCGGCCCCGAUUUGAAGGCCUUGCCCCGAUCUCUCGUUGGCUUGCUGGAAUUCAACGUAAACUUCAAUUGCUAAAAACUCAGUUCCUUGAAACUAGAAACUCGUCUUCGAUUUCUAAAAUGUUUGUCUUUGAUUUUAAAAAAUAUUCAAAUUUGAUAAUUGA